UCUAAUUACUGAACUCAUUUAUGCAUCCACUAAUGGCCUCUUGCCUACUCUUGUUGUCCAACAAAUUGAUGAUUGCUUCUUGCCUACAGUAACUACAUCUGUUUUGCCUGUGAUUUAUUUUAUGUUACCAGUGCUUUCCAGUCAUAUUAUGACAAUAUGAAGUCAUGCUGAAAAUGGUGGCAACACGUUUCCAAUAGGAUGUUUGUGGCGAAGAACUGUUCUUCAGGGUCCUGCAGUCUGCCUUAUACAAGCAUUUUAAACAUCAGAUGAUUGGAGCUGUGUGUAUUUCCCAUGCUUGUGCAACCCUAGCAAUCUUUUGAUGAGAGGUAAUUCAUAACAUCAUGUGGAACACAUGCACUCUGUUUCUUGCUGCUGUCGUUUCCUUUUUUCUUAAAGAUUGCAGUUGUUCAGAAGCAGAACACAGGCUAUUUGCAUCCUUGUUUGCCAACUACAGUCAGUUUAUCAGACCAGUGGAAAAUGUAUCAGAUCCUGCCAUCAUUCAGUUUGAGGUAUCCAUGUCACAGCUGGUGAAGGUGGAUGAAGUAAACCAGAUAAUGGAGACCAACUUGUGGCUGAAACAUAUCUGGAAUGAUUACAAACUUAAGUGGAAUCCAGAGGAAUAUGGAGGUGCAGAGUUUAUUCGUGUUCCAUCCGACAGUAUCUGGAAGCCAGACAUUGUCUUAUAUAACAAUGCAGUUGGGGAUUUCCAAGUUGAUGACAAGACAAAGGCCUUAUUGAAAUACACAGGAGAAGUGACCUGGAUACCUCCAGCUAUUUUUAAAAGUUCAUGUAAAAUAGAUGUAACCUACUUUCCCUUUGACUACCAAAACUGCACCAUGAAGUUUGGUUCCUGGUCUUACGAUAAAGCUAAAAUUGACUUAGUUUUAAUUGGCUCUACAAUGAACCUCAAAGACUAUUGGGAGAGUGGAGAAUGGGCUAUUAUUAAAGCGCCUGGAUAUAAACAUGACAUCAAGUACAACUGUUGUGAAGAGUUAUAUCCAGAUAUCACCUAUUCGCUUUAUAUUAGGCGCCUGCCUUUAUUUUAUACCAUCAAUAUGAUUAUCCCUUGUCUACUGAUUUCUUUCUUAACAGUUUUGGUGUUCUACUUGCCUUCAGACUGUGGUGAGAAAGUUACACUCUGCAUAUCAGUCCUUUUGUCCUUAACUGUGUUUCUCUUAGUGAUCACAGAAACCAUCCCUUCUACCUCUUUGGUGAUCCCACUAAUUGGAGAAUAUCUCCUCUUCACUAUGAUAUUUGUAACUCUUUCCAUUGUCAUUACUGUGUUUGUACUCAAUGUGCACUAUAGAACACCCAAAACACACACAAUGCCUGAGUGGGUGAAGACCAUUUUCUUGAACUUACUUCCCAAGAUCAUGUUUAUGACCAGACCUGCCAGUGAUGAAGAGACUACUCAGAAGCUAAAGCCACUUUACAGUGUUGAGCUCUCAGACUUAAAUUGCUUCAGCAGCUCUGAAACCAAAUGCUGCAAAGAAGGCUUCAUAUGUCAAGAUACAGCAUGCAGUUGUUGUCGGUAUCAACGAAUAAAGUUUUCUGACUUCAGUGGCAAUCUUACAAGGAGUUCAAGCUAUGAAUCAGUAGAUGCUCUACUUUCACUUUCAGUUUUGUCACCAGAAAUAAGAGAUGCCAUUGAAAGUGUCAAGUAUAUUGCAGAGAAUAUGAAAAUGCAGAAUGAAGCCAAAGAGAUUCAAGAUGACUGGAAGUAUGUCGCUAUGGUAAUUGAUCGCAUUUUUCUGUGGGUUUUUAUUCUGGUAUGUAUUCUAGGAACAGCUGGAUUGUUCUUACAACCAUUAAUGACUCGAGAUGAAAUAUAGGAUUUCAUUAUACUCUGUUGUAAAAUAAAUUUGUUUGCAGACCAAACUUUUUGUUUUUGUUACAUUAGCUGCUUCUGUAUAUUCUUUUAUUAGUAGAAUAAAUGAUGUCUCUAGACCCAUAAGCUUCACCAAUCAAAGCUUAAUUAUAUAUCUGCAAAGCUUUAACUGGUUUUAAGAUGUCAUAGCAACUAAUCUGAAGGUAAUUUCUCCAGACUAGUGCCAGAUAUCCCUCACAAAAAAUUGGAGAAAGUGCAGGUAGUGUAUAAAAAUUCAAAUAAGUGUUUGUUUGAAAGAACGUACAAUAUAGACAUUUCCAACGGAAACUGGAAUCCACAGCAUUUCCAUGGGAAUGUUUAGAGGGUUCAUGGAAGGCUGAAGAAUUUGGACCACAUAACCUACUUCCAACACUCAGGUCCAUUGCUACAUCAAACAUGCUUUUCAGUACAAUUCUUCUGGAAGCAAGAUCACAACCCUGAAACCACUCUAUUGUAUAGCCUUUUGGAAAUUGUAGCUCUUGAAUUUGUACUAAUAUGCAAUUUGUUGAUAUAUGAUGUACCCACUAUUAUGCCAAGUUUGAGGGGAACAAGUAGUGUUAGAAAAUGGAACAAAAUGUCAGACCUAAUUAUAUACACACAAUCCCAUCAGGGGAGUAAAACAGCCCACAUGAAGAAAUUAAGAUACUACAGAAUAGUUUUAUUUCACAUGCACUAGACAAAUACUUUACUAAAAGGUAGGUAGAUAUAAACAUUUCCUAUAAAGUGCUUCUUGUACAUACAUGCCAUGUUUUUACCAAUAAUUGUAGAGAUAAUUAAACAGGAGCAUGAAGAGAAAUAUAGUACACUUAAGGAGUUGGGAAGGUGCGUGAUAAAACUGAAUUGUUUUCUGUUCAAAAUUGGAAAUAUUAUGGAAAUGUGAAAGUAGAUAUAAAACUUUCUGAAAAAUAAAGUUACAUACUUGCAAAACAUUUGUUAUUCUGCUUGCGUGACAAUCUGUAUAGGGUAACAUUAGCUGCUAUUUGGUGCACUCAAAAGCCAGUAAUUCACAGA